AUGGUGGUAGUGGAAGGUGACGAGGAAAGGGAUGCUGGUUUUAUGGUUGCGGCUGGCACUACCCCACGCAACCAGCGACAAUGCUUCCCCGUCCACCUGCAGUUCCUCUAUGUGUGCAACAGCAGUACAUCCCUCUUUUUGCAGCUGCGUUGGCAUGUCUCUGUGAUCACCCUCUUACUCACUCUCGUCAUAGUUCAUACUCUUCCCCUCUUUCUCUGUCACCGGGUAACCACACGACACUUAUGCGCACACGUGGAAGAGUUGGUGCUUCAUCUUUGCUCCAUCAAAGCUGCCUUUUUUAUAUCCCACUUUACUCCCUCUCAAACUGCUUGUCUUUCCCUUUACACCAUGUCGCAGCUAGCCCAUAACCUGACGCUCUCGAUCUUCGAGCCGCUGGCGAACUACCGGGGGACCCGGAUCGUGUGCACCAUCGGCCCCAGCACGCAGAGCGUGGAGGCGCUGAAGGGGCUGAUUCGGAGUGGCAUGUCUGUUGCGCGCAUGAACUUCUCGCACGGGUCACACGAGUACCACCAGACGACGAUCAACAACGUGCGCCAGGCCGCUGCGGAGCUCGGCGUGAAUAUCGCGAUUGCGCUGGACACAAAGGGGCCAGAGAUUCGGACGGGCCUGUUGUUGGCGGUGUGGCUGGAGAGAAAGAC